UUGCCGCCGCAGCCUCCGCCGGCCCGGUCUCCCCUCCGCCGCCCGCCGAGAUCCAUGAGCUGAACUCCCGCCCCCCACUGGCCGCCGCCAUCUUGUGCCCCCUCCCCCUCCCGCGGGCAGCGCUAAGGGGGAUUUUGGCGUCUCAGGCACAGCUCCCUCUCUCGGUCCCCGCAGCUGAAGAGCGAGAGGAGCGCGGCCGCCGCCGCCCGCCUGCCCGCGCCGGUGAAGCGGCCUCUCCCACACCCUCCGUCUCCUCCCUCCGCCCCUCCUUUGUCUGCACCGCUCGACGACGCUGCCGCCGCCGCCUGCGCGGGUACUGGAGGGAGCUGCUCGCGCCGCCGCCGCCGCCCGCCGCUCUGUUGCGCCCGCCGCGCCCCCCGGCAGCAGCCGCGGCCGCGGCGCGAGCCGGAGCCCGCCGAGGCCACCGAGCCAGAGCGCGACGAGGCCCCGGGCGCGCCCUCGCCGCCGCCACCGCCGUGCCGCCGCCACCCGCCCGCCGCUGCUACCGCCCGGCCCCCGAGCACGCCGGCCCCGCGCUCGCCUCGAGGCCGAGUCAAGAAACUAUGUUCCAACUUCCUGUCAACAAUCUUGGCAGUUUAAGAAAAGCCCGGAAAACUGUGAAAAAAAUACUUAGUGACAUUGGGUUGGAAUACUGUAAAGAACACAUAGAAGAUUUUAAACAGUUUGAACCUAAUGACUUUUAUUUGAAAAACACUACAUGGGAGGAUGUAGGACUGUGGGACCCUUCACUUACAAAAAAUCAGGACUACCGGACAAAACCUUUCUGCUGCAGCGCGUGUCCGUUUUCCUCGAAAUUCUUCUCUGCCUACAAAAGUCACUUUCGGAAUGUCCACAGUGAAGACUUUGAAAACAGGAUUCUCCUUAAUUGCCCCUACUGUACCUUCAAUGCAGACAAAAAGACUUUGGAAACACACAUCAAAAUAUUCCACGCUCCAAACGUCAGCGCACCAAGUAGCAGCCUCAGCACUUUCAAAGAUAAAAGCAAAAAUGAUGGCCUUAAACCUAAGCAGGCUGACAGUGUAGAGCAAGCUGUUUAUUACUGUAAGAAGUGCACUUACCGAGAUCCUCUUUAUGAAAUAGUUAGGAAGCACAUUUACAGGGAACAUUUUCAGCAUGUGGCAGCACCUUACAUAGCAAAGGCAGGUGAAAAAUCGCUCAACGGUGCUGUCCCCCUAGGCUCGAAUGCCCGGGAAGAGGGUAGUAUUCACUGCAAGCGAUGCCUUUUCAUGCCAAAGUCCUACGAAGCUUUGGUACAACAUGUCAUCGAAGACCAUGAACGCAUAGGCUACCAGGUCACUGCCAUGAUUGGGCACACGAAUGUGGUGGUUCCCCGAUCCAAACCUCUGAUGCUAAUUGCUCCCAAACCUCAAGAUAAGAAGGGCGUGGGACUCCAGUCAAGAAUUGGUCCCCUUGCUUCUGGAAAUGUCCGGUCUUUGCCUUCACAGCAGAUGGUGAAUCGACUCUCCAUACCAAAGCCUAACUUAAAUUCUACAGGCGUCAACAUGAUGUCCAGUGUUCACCUGCAGCAGAACAAUUACGGCGUCAAAUCUGUAGGCCAGGGCUAUGGCGUUGGCCAGUCGAUGAGGCUGGGCCUAGGCGGCAGCGCGCCCGUUUCCAUGCCUCAGCAGUCUCAGUCUGUGAAGCAGUUACUUCCCAGUGGGAACGGACGGGCUUACGGGCUUGGGGCCGAGCAGAGGUCCCAGGCGCCGGCACGGUACGCCCUGCAGUCUGCCAACGCCUCGUCUCUCUCAUCGGGCCAGCUGAAGUCGCCUUCCCUCCCCCAGCCACAGGCGUCCCGAGUGUUAGGUCAGCCCACCUCCAAACCUGCUGCUGCUGCCACGGGCCCUCCCCCUGCCAACACUUCCUCAACCCAGAAGUGGAAAAUAUGUACAAUCUGUAACGAGCUUUUUCCUGAAAAUGUCUACAGUGUGCACUUCGAAAAAGAACAUAAAGCUGAGAAAGUCCCGGCAGUGGCCAACUACAUUAUGAAAAUACACAAUUUUACUAGCAAAUGCCUCUACUGUAAUCGCUACUUGCCCACAGAUACCCUUCUCAACCAUAUGUUAAUUCAUGGUCUGUCUUGUCCGUACUGCCGCUCAACAUUCAAUGACGUGGAGAAGAUGGCAGCGCACAUGAGGAUGGUUCACAUCGAUGAGGAGAUGGGACCUAAAACAGAUUCUACCUUGAGCUUUGAUUUGACAUUGCAGCAGGGUAGUCACACUAACAUUCACCUCCUCGUGACCACGUACAACCUGAGGGACGCCCCGGCCGAAUCUGUUGCUUACCAUGCCCAGAACAACCCUCCCAUCCCUCCAAAGCCACAGCCAAAAGUUCAGGAGAAAGCAGAUGUCCCUGUUAAGAGUUCACCUCAAGCUGCGGUGCCCUAUAAAAAAGAUGUCGGAAAAACCCUUUGCCCUCUUUGCUUUUCAAUCCUAAAAGGACCCAUAUCUGACGCACUUGCACAUCACUUACGAGAGAGGCACCAGGUUAUUCAGACAGUUCAUCCAGUGGAGAAGAAGCUCACCUACAAGUGUAUCCAUUGCCUUGGUGUGUAUACCAGCAACAUGACCGCCUCAACUAUCACUCUGCAUCUGGUUCACUGCAGGGGCGUGGGGAAGGCCCAGAAUGGCCAGGAUAAGACGAACGCACCGUCUCGGCUCAACCAGUCCCCAGGACUGGCGCCUGUGAAGCGCACUUACGAGCAGAUGGACUUCCCCUUGCUGAAAAAGCGAAAGUUAGAAGAAGACAGCGACUCGCCUGGCUUCUUUGAAGAGAAGCCUGAGGAGCCUGUUGUUUUAGCUUUAGACCCCAAGGGUCACGAAGAUGAUUCCUACGAAGCCAGGAAAAGCUUCCUAACGAAGUAUUUCAACAAGCAGCCCUACCCCACCAGGAGAGAGAUCGAGAAGCUGGCGGCCAGUCUGUGGCUGUGGAAGAGUGACAUUGCCUCCCACUUCAGUAACAAGAGGAAGAAGUGUGUCCGAGACUGCGAGAAGUACAAGCCAGGUGUGCUGCUGGGCUUCAACAUGAAAGAACUAAACAAAGUUAAGCACGAGAUGGAUUUUGAUGCUGAGUGGCUCUUCGAAAAUCAUGAUGAGAAGGAUUCCAGAGUCAAUGCUAGUAAAACUGCUGACAAGAAGCUCAACCUUGGGAAGGAAGAGGACAGCUCCUCAGACAGUUUUGAAAAUUUGGAAGAAGAGUCCAACGGAAGCGGUAGCCCUUUUGACCCUGUUUUUGAAGUUGAGCCUAAAAUGUCUAAUGAUAAUCCAGAGGAGCACAUACCGAAGGUCAUUUCUGAGGAUGCUUUCGAAUCUGAGGAGAAGCUAGACCAAAAAGAGGGAGAUGGUUCCAAAUUUGAAACGCUCCGUUUGACUGAGGAACCAGCCAAACUAAUGCACGAGGCUUCUGACAGUGAGGCUGACCAAGAGGAUGUUGUGGAGUGGAAAGACGGCGCUUCUCCAUCGGAGAGCGGCCCUGGUUCCCAGCAGGUGUCAGACUUGGAAGACAACGCGUGUGAAGUGAAACCAGGAACCUGGUCCGAUGAGUCUUCCCAGAGCGAAGACGCAAGGAGCAGUAAGCCAGCUGCCAAAAAAAAGGCUACCGUGCAAGGUGAGAGAGAGCAGUUGAAAUGGAAGAAUAGUUCCUAUGGAAAAGUUGAAGGGUUUUGGUCCAAGGACCAGUCACAGUGGAAGAAUGCAUCUGAAAAUGACGAGCGCUUAUCCAACCCACAGAUUGAGUGGCAGAAUAGCACAAUUGACAGUGAGGACGGGGAGCAGUUUGAGAACAUGGCCGACGGCGUGGCUGAGCCGAUGCACGGCAGCUUAACCGGGGUUAAACUGAGCAGCCAGCAGGCGUGAGCGCCAGGUCCUCUGGCGUCAGACAUGCUGCAGCCUGGACCUCGGUUGCCCUCCGAGUGUGUCUGCAGAACCGCUCUGACUGGUACGGCCUUCCGAGUGCUGGGUCCUCGGGCUGUGCGGACCUGUGGCCACUGCGACCCCAGUGGUGGUUUCUGUGCCCAGUGGUCUUGCUUCAGAACUUGGCUGUGACACAGUGACUCAAUGUGAAAAACCAGUAAGCUGGUGGCUCACGUAUGCACAUGAGAAAAAGCAAAGGUUUAUUUUAUCUGCCUUCUCAACAUUUCUUUCCCCCUGUAAAAUGUUUGGUUGGAUGUCCUUAAGAAGUGUUCUGAUUCACAUGGUAGCAUAGGGCCAACAUAAAAGCUACCAGUCCGAUGUGUACAGUAGACUUCGGGGAAGUUUGGUUUUUUUCAUGUAUUCAUUCUGAAUAGUUGAAAUGUAUAUUUGUACAGUCUUUUAGACCUAUUCAAGUGAUGCUUAUGAUAUUGUUACUGUGUACCCAUCAUAGGUUUUUUUUUAGUGUUGCCCUUGCUGUGUAAUAAACGCUGUAUCUAGUUUACCUAGCAAAGCCUGAAACGACGCUAGUAUGGACUUUUGAACAGACUUAGUUUUUGCACAUAACCUUGUACAAUCUUGCAACAGAGGCCAGCCACGUAAGAUAUAUAUCUGGACUCUCUUGUAUUAUAGAAUUUUUCUUGUUCUGAAUAUUCUUGACAUUACUGCUGACAAACAAAAACCGGUAUUUCAGAAUCUGUUUUCUGAAAUCUUUUAAGCUAAAAUCACAUGCAAGAAUUGACUUUGCAGCUACUAAUUUUGACACCUUUUAGAUCUGUAUGAAAGUGUUGUGUUGGCGCAGCAAACCAAUGCGUGCUGCAUUUUGGGUAUUUAGUUUUCUCUUUAGUUAAACACCACCUGGUGUAUUCAUUUAUACCAUCUAAUAUAUGACACACUGUUGUAGUAUGUAUAAUUUUGUGAUCUUUAUUUCCCUUUGUAUUCAUUUUAAGCAUCUAAAUAAAUUGCUGUAUUGUGCUUAAUGUAAAUACUCGCUUUAUUACACAUUACAGUUCUGUGUCCAUGAGUCUGUCUUGUGCCAGUUGGUGCCGUGGCUCCCCUUCAUCGGACACGGAAGCCACCGCCACCGAGGAUGCCUGUGGAAGACUGUGGUCUGCCACUGGCAGAAGGAUCGCUUUCGUGGCACCUGUUAACAUUCUUUUGGUUUUGUCUUUUUCCUUUUUAUCUGCUAAAAUGAACACCCUUGUGUUUUUUAGUUCCCCGUUUGUUAGGGAGCAGGAACCUGCUUACGUAUGUAAAUGUCGCGAUGAUAAAAGGAUAAGAACAUAAAUUGACAUUAAUUUGCAAGCAGAAUCUUAAUGCCCUGGUGUCCUUUCUUUUAAAUGAAAUGAAUGUUACUUUUCACCUUAUGGGAACAAUUGUACUGAACAGGUAAACGACUCUGUUAUACAAACUCUCUUUUGACCAUCUUGUUAUGAAGAAAAAGGCUUUGGAGAUCACACGUUUGGAGGGCUUUCACAAUGGAAGGAGCUGGUAUAUUUACUAUGCAAGGAUUCCCAAGAGCAACUAAUACUAAAGAACAGUAAGUUACAAGGAGGUAGUACUAGCCAACAUUUUCAGCAAUUAUGACAGUGAUGGGAUCCUCCAAUCCAUGCAGGGAUAUUGGCCUAAACUAAGAGUUCUGAAGUGGGUGGUGUCCAUAAUUUCUAAGACUCCAAAAGAUUCAUCUCAUUAAUGCUUUUGUUGCCUGAGUAGAAACUCAAGCAACCUCCUAAAACAUCAUACUACUCAAUACAUGAGAAAGCAUAAGAGAAUCUUUAGGCUACUCGGGGUUGGCAUGAGGCUAAAUUCCGUACUGCUAGGUUAUAAAUUCUGUGGACACCAGCUAAUACUUAGGACAGAUUGUCCCCAAACACCAAAUAAAAAAAAAAUAGCAUUGGGAAGGAUGGUGGUAUCAGCUGAAUUGAAGCCAUCUCACAUUUGUUUUGAAAUUGCUCUGCCUAAUUACCAGGUGGGAAGAAUUGGUCCUGGGCUUUUUAGUCCUACAUGGAAUACUAAUGAGGGGUGUGCAGAAUAGCCCGGGGUGGGGGGGGCAGCGACGGGAAAGCUUCCUUGCUGGGGUGGUGGGAGUGGACCUUGUCAGCAUUCAGAAGAGCGUUUAGCCACCUGAGAAGUGGACCUAAUGAAAAUGUUGCAGAAGCCCUAAAAGUGUCUCAAUAAAAGCCAUUUUUACUAAAAGAAA